CCUUCUUGCGUAAUUUUCCCAUCGCUUUCAAAUAUAUUUUCUUCGAUCCUGAAUUUUUUUCGACAAAAUAAAAAUCUCACGUGUAAAAAGUAAAAAAAUAUUGUUUAAAACGAGCCCCAUCAGCGGAUUCCAUGAUUUGGGAUACUUCAUGUAGAAAGAAAGACUGGUAACUAAAAACAAAUAUGGCGGGUUUCUCAAAUCCAAAAUUUCUCGCUCCUUCGCAUUUUACAAAACCAGACGAAAAUAUUGCAGCAAAAACUACAACAGAUAGUGCAAAGCCUGUCCUUUUACCACCGUCAAGUUAUGAAACAAUUGGAACUAGUAGUAAACUGAAAAAAGAUGGCGAAAAAGUCGCCUAUAGUAACAAAAGUAGAAAUUCUGACAAAAUAUUGGGGCAACGACAUGACGAAAAGGAAAAUGAACAAAAUACUAACAGAGAAAAGUUUUUGAACAAUGAAUUGCAGAAGGCAAAACGGAAGAUUUGCGAGCUGGAGCAAGAAAAAGCAAGUUUAGAAGAUGAUUUGCAAGACAGGCAAGCGCUGUCUGAAGUUGUCUGUCAGCUCAAGAAAGAUUUGAAAAAGUCGAAAGAAAAGUUAAAUGUAAAGGAGAAGUGUGUUUCAGGAAAAACUGAAGAAUAUUUGGACGUGAUAAAGUGUUUAAGGUACUAAUAAUAAUAAAUGAAAUAACAUAAUGUUAGCAGUUUAUACCAGACUGCAAAGUUUGGAAAUUGCGUGCCGGAGAUUUCGAAAAUUUAAUAGUAAAUAUAUAGAAAGCAUAAAAAAUGUGCGCGGAAAAUCUUCUGUGCGUGGUGCAGAAAAUGCAGUCUGGAGCAGUUACCCAGUGUGGAAAGUUUGCAUCGUGCGGCCGAGAUAUUGCCCGCGCAAUUUUGAUGCUUUCUAUAUAAUACGAUUAAAUUUUCGAAAUCUCGGCCGUGCAAUUUCCAAACUUUCCACUCAGGGCAGUUAACUAGUUAGCGCCCUGCCACUUUAAAUAAUAUGCAUGGUCCAAUUCUUCAUGUUACCAUCCCCCUGGGCAACCCCCAGGGAUUUGUGGAGUUUUUAUUACCAAAACACGGAUCCUUCCUUUCGCUUCGUCAAAACAUUCAGGAAUGCAACUCCACAUUCCUAACAUUGCGACAUUGACACCAUGGGAAUGUUGACGUCUAAUUGGUCCACAAGAAAUUAUAUCGCCAUAGCUAAAAAUAGUUUCAGAUUUUAACAAAAAUAGGGGUAGGAAUGUAGUCGCAUUCCUGAAUGUUUUUACACAAAAACAUACAUUUGUCAGGAGAGGGCAACAUGCACAGUUUUGGUAAUAUUUUUAAAAUGUCAAUGUGCCCUAGUUACUGUAUUAUUUUAAUCUGUCUAACAUCAGAUGAUUUAACUUGUCAAGGAGAGAGCCCUGGCACACAUUGCCAGGUUAAUAUAUAUUACCUAUUUACAAUUAUAAAAUGAUAAUUUUAUUACUAUUACACAAUUGUCACAGCAUAACCAAGUAUUAAAUAAUAAUCUCUAGGUCUGACUUACAAGAGGCUGAACACCAAUAUUCAAGUUUAAAACAAAGUUAUUCAAAGUUGGUUGAGGAUAUCAGACUUGCAGAUGAGACAAAUGGUUAUUUGAAACGAAAAAUCGAGGCGAAGGAUUUGGAAUUUGAAUGCAUGGUUCACGUGAAAGAACAAGAAGUUCAUGGUGCAGUUAUGAAAUUGAACGAGGUGUCGGUCGAGAGGGAUUUAAAGGCUAACAUGUUGAUGCAAAUUGAUGAAAAGUAUAAAAUACUUGAAGAAAACAAGAAACAGGUCAGAGGUCAUACAUUGACAAAAAAGCUUGUUCCCAGUGGUGGUUGACAAUGAUACUGUACCCCCAAAACUUUCUAAAUUUCCAGGCUUGGAUUAGAGUGAGGUGUUUAAUUGAUAAACUGGAAAAAACUGAUGUUUUUUGAAAACCUAUUCAACCGAUGUUGUUCUAGGGAAAAAAAACAGAAAAAAAUAGGAAAAAACUGCUUGAAACUCAGUAAUUAUUGAAACAAAAUAGCACCUUGUCAAAAUAACAGCCUAGUUCAACGUUUUCUCACAAAACUUCCAACUUUCCAACAUCAAAAACGUGAGAAAUUGGAACACCUAAGUGACCUAACAGUGGCUUUAUACUGCUUACAUAUUAAGGCAGUAUGAUACCAUUAAUACAAUUGUUUUUAAAACUAAAGUCUGUGGCAUGAGGUUUAAUCCAUGAACAACUGUAUGUAUAUUUUGACGUUUGUGGAACAACUGUAUGUAUAUUUUGACGUUUUCAAAAAUUUUUUUAUGUUUUUUGGGGUUUUUAUCCUAGUUUGACAUGCUGUUCUGUUUGUUUUGAUAGGUUGAUGAUGAACAUGAAAGGCUACUGAAGGAUAAAGUGAAAAUCAAUGAGGAGUAUAACAAUUUAAAAGUGGAUAAAGAUAGGAUUGAAGGGGACUUAAGUAGGAUGAAAGAGGAUAAACAAAAAAUUCUAGGGGAUUUUGAGAGGAUGAAAGGGGAUAUGAAUAGGAUAGAACAGGAUAGGAUUAGAGUGGAGGAGGCAAACUGUAGGAUUGAACAGGAUAGAAUUAGGAUCGGAGAGGAAAAAAGCAGAAUUAUGAAGGGUAGUGAAAAAAGUGACGAAAACUUCAAAAGGAUUGAAAGAAGAUUUCUGGAUGAACAAGAAAGAUGCCUCAAAUUGCAAAGUGAAAUGCAACAGAAAGUUUUGAUGAUAAGUGAAUUGAACGACAGGGUUAAAACGAAGCAAGAAGAACUGGGCAGACUUGAAUUAGAGUGUAAGACUAGAGUUGAGGAGUUGGAAAAAGAAUUUAAAUUGAAAUGUAGUCACCUGGAGGAUGAGAUGCAUUCAAAAGAUCAGCUUCUCCACAAGGAAACUCAAAUAUACCAAGGUAAAGUUUAUACCAGAGAAAAAUAAAUUGACGUGCAUUGCGACCCCUUUUAUUAUUUCAAGGCUUUGAAAAUAAGCUGGCGG